CGUGCAAGGCCAGCAUGGAGUAAAAACGCGAUGACCGGUUCCCGGGCAUCUGCACCGCUCAGAAUCAUACCACGGUUACAGGCCUACAACCACUCCGUUGGGUUACCAGAGCAAUCUAUCUCUAGCUUUGUGUGGAAUGCAAGCUUCCCUAGUCGAGGAUCCCAACAUGGUGUUUCGUCUCCACAGCGCUGUCCCUGCUACCCGGAGCACGCAACCAGCAAAGCAUUGAAUCAGUAAGUCAUUAUCCCAGAAAUCCCAUUAUAUCACGCUAGGAAUCUGUGCUUGGCUCGAUAGAUCACUAAUUCAUCUGCCGAUUCGAUUUUCAUCAGUGCGUCCUACUUUCGUUCUUUUUUCGCACAUGCAAACAAAACCCCCUGUUGCAAAUCCUCCUUCCGUGCGCUCCCUGGGCUGUAUAUCCAUUCACUACUCCUACAUUUCAACCUCUCUCAGCACCUGGGUUGGUGUCAUAUCAUUUUCGGUUAUUGGCCGGUGGAUCUGGCUGCUACGUCGCCAAUGCGUGCCGCAUCCUGUCAGUGUACAGUGCCGCUCGUAGAAAGUUGUUUCCUGAGGAUUUCCAUAUCAGAAGAGUGCUGGUGAGCACUACGAAGAAAUACACGAGAAGGAAUACAUGGCGGACGAAGCAGGCUUCAUACAAACGGUGUCCCACGAGGACAAUGGUCCUCUCAUGACAAGCGUGACUUGGGUGCUCUGCGCUCUGGCCGGAAUUUUCCUCGGAUUACGCCUGUAUGCAAAAUGCAGUAGGAGACAUCCUCUGUGGUGGGAUGACUAUAUCCUGAUCUUUUCAUGGAUUAUUCUCCUGAUAGAGGCCAUAGCAACCCAAAUCGCCAUAUCCAUAGGCUUCGGAAAACACACUCGAGACAUCUCACUCAUCAACAUAUUCAUCCUGGCCGUCGGCCUCACCAUCGGCACAACACUGACCUGUUUCGCCUCAACCUUCUCCAAAAUUUCGUUCGGCGUUACCCUACUCCGUCUCACGACCGGCCACACACGAGCGUUUGUCUGGUUCGUCAUUGUCACACUCUUUCUUGUGAUGCUACCUAGCGCCUUCAUAUCAUACGUAACGUGUCGUCCCUUAUUGAAGCUGUGGAAUCCGACCAUAGAGGGCGAAUGCUUCGAUGCGAAGAGGAUACUCAGAUAUGGAUACUUCAAUGCCGCUUGGUGUGCGUGUGCGGACUUUGCACUGGCGCUGCUGCCGUGGAAGCUGAUUUGGGGACUGCAACUAAAAGUCAGGGAAAAGAUUGGCGUAAGCAUUGCAAUGAGUAUGGGCUUGCUUGCGGGAAUCUGUGCGAUUGUAAAGGGGGUGUUUAUUGGACAAAUUGGGCAAGAUGACUUUACCUACAACGGCAAAGAUGUAAUGAUCUGGACAGCUGCCGAAACCGCAACCGCUAUAAUUGGCGCUUCCAUACCCGUCUUACGUGUUUUCUUCAAGGAAACAAUAUCCUCGCACUCGCAAUCGCAAUCGCACACGACCGGCACUGGAAUAGGAUCGGACCCAUCCACCACCUUUCGCUCCAACACCACCAAAAGACGUAGUACUAUGCAAUUCAGCAACAAUAGUCAGUCUAUGGGACUCCGUACAAGUGUCUCAUGCCUUGAUGAUCAACGACAUGAUUUUUACGAACUGAGCUCUCUGCGUGGGGAUACCGAAAGCAGCGCCGAAGUAGAGUACGUUAUGGAUCAGCGAGGAAGAAUUGUACCGGUUUCGAAAAUGGGCGCGAGAACAAAAGUGGAAGCUUCAGUAAGCGGGGAAGAUGCUUCAGAAUAUGCGAUAUCGCCCAUCCAAACCACGCCUGUCAAUUUCCCUGAUUGGCGACAAGACUAUCGACGUGGAGCCGACGAUGCCAGUCUGGAAGAUGAACACCAAAGGAUUGGUUGGGCGAGAUAA